AUGCUGCUCUUCAACAGCAUCGAGAACGGGCGCAGGCAGACUGCCAACCUCGGGGAGACUAGCAACUCGACGGCGACGGCGGUCGCUGGUGGCACCAGCGGCGGUCGCGAUGGCGGCAAUAUGGUGCCCCCGCGCCACAACCAUCGCGAGCCCCCCAGGCGGCGCCAGAAGGGGCUAGGCCGAGUGGCCCAGGUACCGAUACUGUGGAGGCGGCGGGGGCAACAGCGGCAGCCAAGCGGUAUUAGGGUAUCGGGUGCGGGGGAUCCGCUGCCGGCGACCCAAGGAGUAGAUGAUCCCAUGGACUCCUUUCGUCCGGUGACUACCGACGCUGCAGAUGGUGCCGUGCUACAAGACGACGUCCCCGAUAUUAUCGCCAACAAAAUCCAGAAACACCACGAGUUGUGGUACCUGCUAGCGUACGGGAGACCCCGCGAUCGCAGGGUUAGCGGGGGAUACGCGUUGCAGCCGGCGAAAAUUGGCGGACAAUCAUUGCCUUGCCCAAACGCGGAGAAUUCAGAGGUCUCGGGCUUGACUCACAUCGCUUCGUGGAAGAGUCGGCCCAGGCUCUGGUCGGACAUUGACUCGUCUGUUGCCCGUGCUGCGGGGGGGCAUAGGCCCAUUACAUCUAUCGAUUACGGGAAUGCUGACGAAGUAGUUUUGAGCAAUACGCAGGAGGCGGACGAGGGCAUACUCAAAGCUGACGAUACACUACCCGCUGGCUCCCCGAAGUUCCUGAUCCAUCCUUACGAUAGGCGCAAGUUUUUUCCAAGCACAUUAUGGCAAGCCUCACGACCGCAACACAAAACAACGUCCAAAUUCUCUGCCACCAGAACAUCGCCCAGUCGCGUAACCCCUUGCUGCAUUUGCCAUUGCCGCACCACCCCGUCGCAGGUCGUUUGGGACAUCUUCGUCACGAUCCUGAUUGUUUACGGUUGCUUGAACAUCCCGCUCCGCAUUGGGUUCGACCUGCCGACGAGCGUAGGGCAGAUCAUUGCGGAUUCCUUCAUCGACAUCGUCUUCCUGUCGGACAUAAUCUUGAGCUUCAGGACCGUGUAUCUCGCUCCAGACGGGGAGCCGGUGACGAGUCCCGGCGAAAUCGCGCUUCGUUAUCUCAAGGGCGCGUUUCUGAUUGACUUGUGCUCGACGAUACCCGUAGACCUACUCAUGUUGCUGCUGGGGGGCACGAGCGGAAUUCUGCGGUCGACCAAGCUGCUGCGGACGCUGCGGUUGCUGCGGCUGGCGCGGCUCCUGAAGCUGUCCAAAAUUGGCGGCAAGGAGGAUGACCUCAAGAACGUCCUGAACCCCAGCCUGUGGGCAUUGAUCAAGAUGUUGGUCAGCCUGAUUUUCAUCGCGCAUAUCAUGGGCUGCAUGUGGAAUUGGCUUCUUAUCCUCAGGGAGGGACGGAGGGAGGGAGGGA